AUGGGCAAUCAUAAUUAGAAGGAGCGGCUCUUAAGGUAUAUAGAUUAGACAAAAACAGAAAAAAUAAGACCCAUCCUAGAAAUGUCUCCUAAUUUAAUCAAUGAAGACUUAGCUAAGGAUAUCCUUUAAACUCCCUUAGCCAGAGCUGCUUGGAGAAAUGACAUGGCACUAGUUCAAUUAUUUUUGGAUAUAGGAGCUAAUCCAAAUGAUGGAGGUUCCUCAAGUGUUACACCUCUCAUGUGGGCUUGCAAAAGAGAUAAUCAAAAAUUAGUUUCUCUAUUAAUUUAAUCUGGUGCUGAUAUUACCAUUCGUUCAAAUCAAGGGUUCUCUGCUUUAGAUUAUGCUAUUCUACAUGGAAAUUAUCGUCCAGCCUUUUUUCUUUUUGAAUUCAUACAAGAAAUUCUCGAGUUCACUUCCUACUAUCAAUUCGCCAAAGAUAAUGAUUACAGAUUUGUAAAUUAUGAAAUCAUGAUAACACAUCUGCGUUUGCGAACACCAUAUGAACGCAUUCCAAAUAUCUAUGAAAAACCUAAAAAGCAAUAAUUGCUUGAUCCUGUCAUUGACCCCAGAGAAACUUGGGGAGACUUCAUUUAUAGACAGAUUGAGUUUAUGAAUCCCCCAUUGGUUGAGAGGGAUGAACUACCAGUAGAUCUCUAACCUCAAAAUAGGAUGUUAGGUAAAAUUAGAUAACAGUUAAAUGGUUUGCCUGUUGAAAAGAGCAAAGCUCAAUAAUACAGGCAGAUAAGUCCAUAAAAUCAAAAGAUAGACUAGUCAAACAAUCACACUUAACAUUAAAUUUCAUUUUCAUGAUUAUUAAUUUAUGUUAUAUUUGUUUAUUAUUUAUAUA